CAAAACUGCGCUGGAGCGCGCAAGCCCCGCCACAGCCACGGCCGCCGCCUCGCUCGCCUCCUCUCCCUGACGGCUCCUGGCGCUGGCCUCCGCCGCAAACUUUUCACCGGACUGAGCGGUGAGAGGGACAUUUAUAUUUCCUUCCUCCGCAUCUCUGUAGAGGUCCGGGGUAAUUUCAUGCUCAUGUCUGAGGAGCACCAACUCCAGUAGAGUGUGUCAGGCAGCAGUGGGGAAGUCCAGGAGGCUCAGUGGCCUCCAGGAGGAAAGCGGGGACGCCAGCGGGGGCAGGGACCGGGCUCGGCCCCGUAGCCCCUGAGACUCCGCGGCCUGGGCAGCAGCUGUGUCUCCCGCAGGCAGCGGCGCGGCGAGGCAAGCGCAUCCCGCGGGGUGAGGCUGCUGGAAGGAGCCGUGUGCGAGCCCGCCGGCCGGCUGCGAGGCGGUCACGAUCGCCUGUGGCCCGUGGAGGUGGCGCCCAGGAUGUAGAAACGGUGACUGGGCAGAGCAGCGCCGUUCCCCGCAUCCCGAGUCCGCCGUGCACGACACUUAGUGGUACCCGCCUUGGCGCGGUGGGAUCGUGCGGCCGCGGGAGGACUGUGGCGGGGCGGCGAUGCCCAGGCCGGGGAAGAGUUCGUACAGCGACCAAAAGCCGCCUUACUCUUACAUCUCCCUGACGGCCAUGGCCAUCCAGCACUCGGCCGAGAAGAUGCUGCCCCUGAGCGACAUCUACAAGUUCAUAAUGGAGCGAUUCCCCUACUACCGGGAGCAUACCCAGCGCUGGCAGAACUCCCUCCGUCACAACCUCUCCUUCAACGACUGCUUCAUCAAGAUCCCGCGGCGACCCGACCAGCCGGGCAAGGGCAGCUUCUGGGCGCUGCAUCCGGACUGUGGGGACAUGUUUGAGAACGGCAGCUUCCUCCGCCGCCGCAAGCGCUUCAAGGUCCUGCGCCCCGAGCACCACCUGCCUGGCGGCGGCGGCAGCGGGACGGGCAGCGGCGGUCCCGGCAAGCCCCCGGCGCCCACCCCGCACAUGGUGCACUACUUCCAUCCGCACCCGCCGCCACCGCCGCCUCCCUCGGGCAAGGUACCGGGGCUGGCAAGCUCCGAGGCGGCCGUGGCCGCAGCCGCGGCAGCUGCAGCGGUGGGGAGGCUACCGCAGUUUUCGCCCUACGGGAGCAGCCAGCCCUCGGGCUUCAAGCAUCCCUUCGCCAUCGAGAAUAUCAUCGGCAGAGAUUACAAGGGUGUACUGCAGGCCGGUGGGCUGCCGCUGGCCUCGGUGAUGCACCACCUGGGCUACCCGGUGCCCAGCCAGCUCAGCGGCGUGGUGAGCUCCGUGUGGCCACACGUGGGGGUGAUGGACUCCGUGACCAGUGUACCCGUGUCCCCUGACUACGGACCCUUCGGCGUGCCCAUGAAGGCGCUCUGCCACCCGCCGGCACAGACCAUGCCGGCUGUCCCGGUGCCCAUCAAGCCGGCGCCGGCAAUGUCCACUGCCUCGGCCAUCCCUGCUCUGACGGUCUCUGCCUCGCAGAUCUGCCCUGCUGCUUCCCCGGCCGCUGCUUCGUUGUUGGAACAGGCCGCGAGCAACAACCCCGAGGGCAAGGGCUCCCUCCACUCCGUCCUGGUGCACUCCUAAAGAGCAGGGGGUCGAGGGGGAGAGAGGUCCCCAGGCUCCCAGAGGAAAGGACGCGGGGCUUCAGAGCAUGCAUGCGGCACGGAAACCCGAUCGAUCUUAUGACUAUACCCCUGCUGGUGUCUGUAUUUUUACCGUGUACAAUCAGAUUAUUUGAGAGCUAGAUCGCAGGUAAGAGCUUUUAUCGUCAAUCGCUAAAUGUCAUUAGUAGCGGAGAGGUGGCGUGAAAAAUCAUAGCUGGGGUCAAAGGGGCUGGCUUCGAGGAAAGGACAGAGAGGGAAGGUCUCCUCGACACCCCAUCAGCCUGAAGCCAUGCAGCCUGGGCUACCCGCUGAGCCCCUCUCCCGGGGCGGCCAUCCCGGAAGUCCCACAAAAGCCGUGCUCGGGGGGAGAGGGGCUGCAAUCUGCCGGCGGCUGGGGGGAGCAGAAGGAUAAAGCCCCUGCUGAAAUCUGCUUCUCCCUCUUCCACGACGGACGGGAAAACUCUGCCCCGCCGUCCCGUAGAUCUUGCUCCGAAAGAGGUGGGCAAAGCCUUGGACCCUGGAGAGCUGCAGGGUCCCAGGUCAUGUAAUGCUCGCUGUUUAAAGAAUAAGCUUUAAAUAGCUCGACUAAGAAGCGAGAAUUUAAGUGACAAUGGCACUGACGGCGAAGAGUUCCUUUAACUAACGACCACCUACCCUUCCCCUUCACACUGUCAUAGUCUGUUCUAUAGUACCUUAGGAGGGACUGAAGCGUGACCCGGCCUCUCAAGCCGUGUGUGAGUGUCCGAGUUCCCUAGUUUCUCAUUAAAAUAAAACCAGCCCGGCGAUUCGUAGAUUGUGCUUUUCAGAUCACCUUUCACCUCUCACGGACACCACUAUUUUAUAUGUGUUGCUUGACGUUUCUUCCUCGUGAAUCUGAACACAAAAACCUGCGGGUGGAGGUGGGGGCGGAGAGUGAAAGAGGUGGGGGAAAGUGGAGGAAGACAAUGGAAAAAUGGUUAAAAAUUAUUUGGGCAAAGCAGUUUAAUGAAAGCAACCUUCCAACACACGAGAGGUCUGUGUAAGCAGAGGCAUCAGAAGUCAGAGAGGGAUGCGCUAGCUGAUGAGUCCCGACUGAUUUGUGAGUGAUUGCUGCCGUACCCUGUCUGCCCUGCUGUACACCAAUGCUCAUUAAAGCCAAUUGCUGGUACUGUUAUUUUAAAUGCUGGCCUUUCACAUUGGUUAAGUAUGUGCUGUGUUCGUAGCACAAGUCUGCGCUCCGUCACCACAAACUAACAGAAGCACCCACAAGUUUUCUCCGCGGCAAGGCAAGGGGAGGAAAGGGAAAGAAAACUUUUACAGGUAAAUCACCUGCUACAGAGGCACUUUGACUCGCCGCUGCCCGCAGCUCACAGGCAAAGCACCGGCGCUCGGGAUGAGGACAGGGCACCGGCUCGGAUCUCGAUAGCAGGAUCGGGAAGGCAGGUUAGUUUUGUCACUGGUUUCAGUGGGUGCUGGAUCCGACCUGCUUUCUCGGUAUUAUCCCCUCAUGCCUCGCACCUACUGUGGUCCGAGACUCCAGGUCGCUGUCCUCACCCUUGGGAAAAGGUAUCACGUGACAGAUCGGCCGUUCUUAGUGGACCUCUAGACAGAGAAACUUGCUAUGAAAAGCAAACCUGUUUGGCCUCAAGUACCGGCUGUCAAAGGUUUCCCCCACGCACAUUCGUGGGGUCUGUUUGACCACUUGAAAUUCAACAACUAUUGAAUUUCCAGUUGUGCUCUCUGCUCUGGCAGGGGUAUGGAGGGGUGAGGGGACGUCUUUUCACCUGAAUUUCAAAAAUUAUAGAAUUCCUAGCGCUGAAAAAAUAUUACUAAUGAGACACGGAUCGGUAUCACGAUUUGUGAAUCUGUCUGGAAGGUGAAUUGCCUCCAAAGUAUUGCAACCAGAUAUAUUAAGCCAAAACAAAUUAUUAAAAAAAUAAGACAAAGGAAAAAGAAAAGGUACUUCACAUUUUCUUUCUGUCUUUCAUCUUAGGCAGGAAUCCAAGUAGAUAUUUCUGCUGCUAAAAGCAAGUUGCUUAUAGAGAAAGCAACCCUCCAAAAAAUCGUGAAUAACACUACUACAUUAGUUCUAUAUGUAUUUAAGCAUAUUCCACUGCUUUUGAUGUGACUGUUGUGUAGUGCUCCAAGGAAGGAAUCUGCAUUUUCCCCUCACAUUGGUCUAAUGGGCAAAAUUGAUGAGGAACCCGAAGCAGAAGAAGUAAUCUUCCUGGGAAUUAGUCAGAGGAUUCUGGUUAGUUUUAAGGUUCUGAAUCGUCUAAAUUUCAUCGCGGCAAAACUUUUUUUGGCGUGAGGAGGCCAGUCCGGGUAUCUGGGUACCGCGGCGGGCGGUAAGCAGGAGGUCCCCGCCGCUUUUUGGCCCCGGUUAGGGGCGGGCGGCGGCAGGGCAAUAGGGGCAGGUGUCACGAUAACAACCCCUGGCGCAGGGGCUAUCGCAACGGGAGAAGGUCUCUGGUUGGAGGCGAGACGGGGUUGAGGGUCGAGCCCUCGCCCAUCGCCCGGAGGGACGCACGGGGACGGUGAAGUACCCAGCGAUUUUGUGAGAUUCCCAGCGAUUUGCCUACACGGGCUCUGUGUGCAGCAGGUUUUCCUCACCAUAAGGUCUUUGGGGAAUGGGAGUUUAGGCCACAGGUGACUCGCCCAGAGGGUUUAGUGUGACUCCCGAGUUAGUGGCCUACACUCCGCAUGACCGAAAGACGGUGCUAUUUUCUGCAGCUAGUACGAUGAAGAUUACAGAGGGUUAGAACCUGCUAAUUUGAGACUGUCAGAGGGGAAGGGAAACUUAACUAUUUGACUAGAAUUUUCUAACUUGUUUAUAUGCCUAUUUUUCUUUAUUCUUACGUAUUUCAUCUCUAAACAUAGCCUUUGCAAUGCUACACAAAUUUUGCACCAGUAACCAAAAAUCCCAAUAUACAAACAAAGCCAAUCCCAAUGCUGUUUAAAACCAGAUGAUGGUACAGGAUGUAGAGAAAUUAAAUAGUACUCUUUCCUCCAAUUUGAAAAGCAGGUGUAAACCGGUGAAGGGUAACAUUUUUCACUUGUCAAAUGAAACAGGGCAACAUUCUUGUGAUAACUAUUAGAUUUUGUCUAUCUGCUGUACUGAAACACCUCAUGCAGAAACAGGUUGCCUUCAGAUUAAACUGCUCAUGUGUUCUGCACAGAAAACACAGCUCAGUCUUUCCUGAGGGGGUGCAGUCAGGGUGAUUGUAAACAGAAGAAAUGGAUGGAAGUUUACUCUUCAUAUCAUCACACUACCAAAGAUAGUGAAGCAAAAGUUAGUGUUAGAGGAAUGGAGGCUUAGAAAAGGCAUAGAUCUCCCCCUCGUAUGCUUCUGGUUUAUUUUGACUAGGUAAUAUAGUGAUUGUUAUUUCUACUUAUGGGAAACCAUCCCUAAACAAGGCAUUGCUUUGUGUAUUUUAAGCUUAUGGAGUGUGCAACUCAAGAUAGAAAAGCAAAUGCUGUAAGGAUCUUAAGAUUAGUGUGGUUUAUGGUCUAAAUGUGACAGCAAUGUUUCAGUGGCUAUGUUCUGAUCUCAGUGGUACCUGCUAUAAUAUAACAACCAGUCUCAUAACUGAAAAUCUGGACUCCAUUGAUCCAAUCCUGAAGUCUCUCUGGAUAGAAAUUCAUACGGUAAAUCUGCUUGGAAUUUUGCUGCUGCUCUCGUGGGAUCAGAUUUUCCUCUUUAUUUUAAGAUUUUAUUUUAAAAUAUCCCUGCAAGUGCUUGAAAUCUAUAAUAGUUUUGGUUUUGGAAAGCAAAGUUUCACUUUGGCUUCUGGAGUUUUGUGGGACAUAUGAUUAGAUUAACCAGCUUUAGUUAGAUAAACCAGGUUUAAUUUUAGACAUUUCACACUAAAGACAAAACAAUUACUGACUACAGGCCCCUAUCCUGGACAUAUUUAAGUAUGUAACUCUUUUGUUUAAAGAAUUGGUGCUUAUAUGAUGUUGUCACUGGCACUAGCCAUGGAGGAAAGUACUCUUCUCAGAACCUCUGAAGGAAACCUAAGUUCAAGAUCACUUCAGCUCAAAAGGAUUCAAAGUCACCAAAAUGGGUCAACUGCAAAAUGGCACAUGGAGUAAGUUAUGCUUUUUGGUUCUAUAGAAAGCUAUGUAGCAACAGCAAAUGCAGGGUUUAUGAAGUGUCAAAUAAGCCACAGGCUUUGUUUUUCUACAAAGGCAGAGUCCAAGAGUCAUUGGAGAAAACACAUCAUGAAUGGAGAGAGGGAAGGAAGGAUAGGAAUAAAUGGCAAAUUUUCACACCAGAGAGCCAUAUGGACAGUUGUUGGGUGUCCCAGAAAUUCAUAAUUGUGGUGUGCAAAUGGUGAGUUACAGUCGUGAAAAUGACAAAUGUUUGCUAAUAUUAAGUUGUUCAUACUAACAAAAAAGAAUAGCCAACAAAUUGGGAAUUUCUGAAAGAUAUCCACACUGAGCUACAGGAUAAUAAAAUGGAAACUGAAAUCCACUGUUGAUGUAUGCAAACUGAUAUGCAUGGGGAAAACAUUUCUUGUUUUAUAUCAUAACAAUGGGUCCUGAACUUUGGAUGCUUAUUAAAUUAUGGCAAAUAUCUCUAAGAAAAUGUUGGCUUAUUAGUCAUUAUCUGUGGAAAAAAAAAAAAGAAAAGAACUGUGGGGAAAAAAAGAACAUAACAGAAAAUACUAUGUCCCUAUUUAAACCCAAAGGAAUCUGGAAUGCAUCAGGAAGACCUGCAAGUUCUUCACACCUGAAAGGAGAUAUAUUAAAACUGUCAGAAUACAGAGAGUAUUAUGUGGGAUGAUCAAGCGUACAUCUUCUGUACAAGUAGCAAUUCAAUAGUCUGAGACUCCUCAGCAUGGAAAGCAAGUAUAUAGAGAGAUGUAUGACACAAAUUUACAAAACUGGGAGAAUUCUGGAGAAGGAGGUUAAGGCACACUUGCUCAUUCUUUUUCUUAAUACCGAAACUGGCAGUCAUCAAAAACAUUCAAAGGAAAAAGGGGAUACUUCACACAACAUGUAAUUAAAUACUGAAUUCGUUGUUUCAGGAUGUUGAGGGUGUUAAAAUUUUACACGCGUUUUAAGAACAAGUGGAAAAUUCAUGUAAGAUAAAUCCACUCAUGCUUGUUCCAUAAAAAGGUGCUAUCUCUUGCUCAGAUUUGCUAUGCUAGUAAUAUAUUUCUGAAAGUAUCAUGACAUAUUUUUCCUGUCCUACUCUUUCUAGAGCAUCCAUUGUUUGCUUACUGGGCUAGGAGACAUAUGACAGUUGUUCAUGAUUAGGGUUUGUGACUUUCAUUUGUAGCCAAUUGUCCUGAAUGAAAGCAAUUCUUUAAUGUUAUUUCAGUGUACAAUAUAUGAAGUAGACAUCAUGGAUGUUUGUAGGGAUGCAGUUGAAAAGAAUAAAGACUCCAAAGGCUAACUGCAUAUGUUUUAUAUGAAAAAUACUUUAAAUGGUCCAGGAAUGAACCAGUUCCUCAUUUCAAAGACAGUGCCACGUUGAUUGGAAUAACUUGCUUAUUUUCUGAUGAAAUCAAUUUUAACAGUUAGAAAGUUUAUGCAUGAGAGACUAGCCCCUUUUUUAUAUUAUGACUGCAUAACUGAUGAAGUUAACUGAAUAUGGGUACAGAUUUGAAUUCUCUCUAGUAUGGACAAGGAACUCAGACUUCUGUGUCUUGGUACUAUAAUACUGGGCAAGUCUGUGCCAUGCAUAUCUGAAGCAUCCAUGAUGUUCUAGGCACUGGCAGAGGUGUCAAUGUAUUACUGUUGUCUAUACCUCCUUCUCUGGUUGCAGGACCAGUGAAAAGAAACUGCUUUUUGAAGGAGAAAAUAAACAAGUUCUGACACAUGGAAAAAAACAGCUCUAGUGCUGAGGUUCACAGAGCUUUGGAAGAUAAAUUCUACUGCAUUUGACAUCCAGAAUGUAACACAGUAUCUUAUAUUUCCCUAGAUUUCACACGGAUGCUUAGUCUACAGCGGGAGAGGUAGUCAUUCAAAUUUGUUUUUAAGGCAAAAGACCUGGGAGAAACCUAUAAAUUCACACUGCAUGAACUGCUUUAUUAUGCAUUACUCAUUAAAGUAAUCAUUGAACAAUAGAAAGUAACAGCCCUUAGAACAACCAUAGAGACCAAUGAUGCCCCAGAUUUUUAAGCCCGAGAGUUAUCUUAAAGCAGGCAUUUGAAAAAUUAAAACCAACUUGAUAUUCCUUAUCAACUAAUCAUGCCUAUUGUUAAAAGGUAGGUUUUGGGCUGAAUAUCAUAUUACCCAGUGAAUAGAUCAAUAGGCAAAGAGUUCUUACACUGGUAAGGGCUGCUAAUUUUUACUAUCUUCAAUUUAACAAAAUAUAGGCUUUUAAUUCUGUGAACUGUACAACAAACUCCCGGCGUGGAUCAGGUCUUCCUUUCAUGAUGGUCUGAAUAACCUGAAGUUCAAUCAAUGAUUAAUACUGGAUAGAAUUGCAUAGAGAAAGAAUGAAAAUGCAUUUUCAUGUACUGCUCACACCAUAGAACUGCUACUGAAAAAUGAUCAUUUGCUGAACAAGUGUAAAAGAAACUUCGUAACAUGAUUGUAGAAGAUAUUCGUGUUUUAUUAAGCUGUUAUUUUAUGUGGUACGUGUGAUUUGGAUUUAUCCUCUCUUAAGUCUUGAAAUUAGGUUUUUCUUAAUCCCUCUGUGAUCUUUUGACUGUGGUUGGUAUGAAUUUGUACCAUAACAGAUUAGUAAAUAUGCAAAUUACUGUGAUACUUCAUAUGCUUAAUAAAAUAUAUGGUUGUCACUGGUA